CAUUGGCUGCGGCGUCCCCGGUGUUGUUAUUUCGUUGUUGUUGUUUCGUUGUUGUUCCAAACGAGAACGAAACGGGUGCGAGCCGAGUGUGAGAGGAGUGUGAGCUGAGCGUGUCACCUACCACUGACAGCUCUGAACUGUCCCUGUCACCUGUCACUCUCCCCUGUCACCUGUCACUCUCCGCUGUCCCUGUCCCCUGCCGGCUCUGGACCGGACGCAGCCCCGGCGCAGCCCGCGCUCCGCUCCCGGCGAGGCGCUCCCGGAGACCGACACUCGCUCGCCCGAUCCCUCCCCUGCCAUGGCGCUAUGCGGCGGCCGCGGGCUGCCCGGGCUGGCGGGCACGUCCCCGGGGGUGUCCCCGCUCCCCCCGCUGUCGCUGGACGCGGGACACCCGGCGGAGCCGGGCAGGCUCUGGGACACCUCGAAGCGGCGAGGCGGGGGGCUGUCCCUCCCGCCGCUCUCGCCCACCCUGUCCCCGCAGCCGGUGGCCUCGCCCUGUGCCCGGGACUCCGUCUGCUCCCAGCCCUCGGAUGCCGGAUUGCGGCUGGAUUCCCUCAUACAGCACGACCCAGCGGCGGCGGAGGAAGCCUUCGAGAAAGCAAUCCUGAAUUCCAGGAGAGUUCUCCAAGGCGCAAAGCUCCAUCUGCGGAGGAUCCACUCCUUGCCGCCGUGUCUCCUGAAAUCCAGCACGAUUGUGAAGGACAUCUCCCACUCCAGGGAGUUCAACAUCUCCGGGGGCCGAGUUCAGAGGGACCGGAGGGAGUCUGAGGAUGAGGAGGGCUUUGUCCCCAAGAAGCUGCCGACACUGAAUCAGCAGAGCCGGCUGGCUGCCGGUCAUGGGGCUGCCAGGAGGGACGCCCUGGCCACGAGACCCUGCUCCACAUCCAGCCUACUGAGUGAUGCCACCAUGCCCCAGAGGACUGAGAAUGUGCUGACCACGAGGAUGACAAGGAAGGAAGAGGCAGAGCUGGAAGAGGGGCUGCAGCAUUCCAGGUCUGCCCAGCAUGAGAAGAUCAGGAGCCUGCCGGACAGCAACAAUCAGGAGCUCACUGGGGACUUCUCCAAGGCUCACCUCCUGCCAAUGGUGAAGGGGAAGGACCCAAGCCUGAAGUACAUCUCCCCUGACACGUUGGUGGCAGUACUGACUGGGCAGUGGAACAGCUUCAUCGAGAGCAGCAUCACCGUGGACUGUCGGUACCCCUAUGAGUACGAGGGGGGCCACAUCAAGGGUGCUGUCAACCUGCCCCUGCAUCAGGAUGUGGAGCAAUUCCUGCUGGACCAGCCCAUCCUGCCCCUGGACACCAGCAAGAGAGUGAUCAUCAUCUUCCACUGCGAGUUCUCUGCUCACCGCGGGCCCAAAAUGUGCCGGUUCCUCAGGGAGAAGGAUCGUUCCUGUCACGAGUACCCCCAGCUCCACUACCCCGAGCUCUAUGUCCUGAAGGGGGGGUACCGGGACUUCUUCCUGCAGUACCCGACACACUGCGAACCCCAGGACUAUCGGCCCAUGGAGCACGGGACCUUCCAGGAGGAGCUGCGCCAGUUCCGCUGCCAGAGCAGGCUCCGGGCGGGAGAGCGCAGCCGGCGGGAGUUCUGCAGCCGCCUCCUGCCCCGCUGAGCGCUUGGGGGCCCGCAGCCCCUCCGUGGGCAAUGGGGGAGCUGGGGGGUGCGAGGGCUUUCCUUGGCCAAGCAAUGUGCUUUGAGUUGGUCUGGUUUCUUAGGAUUGGUUUAAUGUAGAGGCUAUUGUUAGGAGUGGUUUCAUGUCUUAGUUAUUGUUAGGAUUGGUUUAAUGUAGUGGUUAUUGUUAGUAGUGGUUUAAUGUCUUAGUUAUUGUUCGGAUUGGGGGUUUGCACCUUCUUUAUUGUUAGGAUUGGUUUAUUGUAUUGCUUAUUGUUAGAAUUUUGUUUGUGUCUUGUUUAUUGUUAAGAUUGUUUUUUCAUAGUCUCUGAUAUCAAACUCCUGAGGUGGAAGGAAAGAAGGAAAAAACACAGGAUACUCAAUUAGCUACAUAGAAUAUUCCUGAACUACUUUGUUUUGUACAAAAUCAACGCACAAAGACCUUCAUAGCAGCAAAUUACUUCCUUUAUUGUAAAUGUGGCAACGACUUUAACCACAAUCCAGUAAAGGUGUUCCAUGGUUCUCCAUUUCCUUCAGAGACAAAAAGUCACCCCCAAGGAAAUGGGUGGUACUGAGAAGCAGCACAACUGGUUUCCAAUAUGGUUGCUUUUUUCUUACUGUGAAAUUUGCUGGCACAAAAUUCUUCAUACUGUGAUUUCAGCCAAAACAUAAGAGAAAAUGUCACUGGCAGAAUGGAAUAAUAGAGGUUUAUUUUUAUUUUGUUUCUCUUUGAAAAGACUUUUGCUUCUAGCAGGACAGCUAUAGCAAGCUAUAGAAACUUUGCUCUUACUGCAUAUACACCAGAUACAGAGUGUAUGAGAAGUUUCUUUUUCAAAAUAAUUGAUUACAUUUUCAGCUGAAGAAAAUGCAUUUCUUCCCCUCAACAGCAGAGGAAUGAAGAUUUUAUGGUUAGAUCUUGCUGGAUCAGCUUGAUCUCACUCCUUUAGUAAUAUGGUUCCAGGCUGCAAUCUUAUUAUUAUGGGUUUUUUUUAGGGGAGCAUUUAUUAAUGCAGCUUCCCUGAAAAACAAACAAAGAAAUUAUCAAAAGCAACCUCCCAAAGAAGAAACAAACCUUAAGCAUCUAGCAACUAGAUUCCUUUAUAUUAAUAACAACAACAACAUAGAUUCAAAUAAAACUCAACUACUUUUAGAUUUAAUUUCACAGACAGGAACUACAAAAUGAUCAGGCAUCAAGCAAUUUUCAUAUGCACAGGGAAUAAUACAAAAGCCAUAUUUCUUGAUUUAUAUACCAUAGUAUAUGUUUAUAUACCAUGAAGAAACAAAUGAUUCUGCUUUCUGGAUUAGAGCCUUGAAUGGUUUAAAUAAUGGAGAGUGUAGCCAUUGUUCUUUCUUGUGCCAGCCAGCUGCACUAAGCCCAGAAAAGGUUCUCCUUCUCAAAAAGCAGUGUACACAUCUUUCCAGCCUGGAAAGUGCUUUCCCCAGAACCAAGCAGUGGAUUGUUAAACUUUUGAUGCUACAGUAACUCUGUCAAAGCCUUCAGGCUGAUGUCGAUGAUAAGAUUUACGGUAGCCUUAAUAUUUAUUGAAAGAAACUAAUUGUAAUUAUAAACACCUAAGAAAAUAAUUUUAUUUUUCUGGGGUUUUUUUUUUGUUAUUAUUAUAUUUAUGACUUUAAAAAAAUAAGAGAGACAGCACUGCCCUGGGGUUGCGUCAUAGCUAGAGGCUGACAUGUUCCACAGGAGAGAUAAAUCUACCUCUGAUACUAUAAUGUGGAGCCUCCUCCUCUUCCUCCCACCUUGCAUGGCCUUGCACCUCAUCUGUCAGCUUUCUGAUUAUACCAUGGAAUGGAACUAGGGCUCAGGUUUGGAAUUUAUUUCCAGGAUUCAGCCUAUGGGUUUUGAGUACUUUCAUAUGCAAGCAUCCAUUUUUAGCUGCUGAGCAGCCUCCUAAAAUGGAUGUUUAUAAUAAAAUUGAACAUCUUCAGCUCGUAUAACUUAAUUACAUUAAAUUACAAUGCAUUAGUAUGAUGUAGAGGUACAUUUCAGAGGUGAUAAUGGUUGUUUUCCAUUAAUGUGUCCUAAUCAUCAGCAAAACCUUGCUCACACUGAUCUUUAACCCUUUUAGAAGCAGUUGAUGGUAAUGUACAAGGCCAGGGGCACUUACAAGAAAACCUGCUGUUUGUUCACAAUCUGAAAGUACUGCUUAAAUAUUAAGGGUUAUUAUACAAUGCAGUUAUAUACAAUAUCUGAUGAUCUGUUAAAAUAUGGAUUAAAAAGAAGAUAAUAUCAAAGAGAAUUAACUUUCAGUAAAGUCAGUGUUACCACACCAGUUUGGGUGUCAAACAGUACAUUUCUGCUCUUCUAAUUAUGAAGGACUAGUUAUUUAGUUGUUCAUUUUUAGUAUGGGUCUAUAUUCUUUGAGUCUACAGCAAAGUAACAACACACCAAGCCUGAUUCUUUCUCCAGGAGUCUUUACAGCCUAUACUAAAGCUUCAUUAAGCUUUUGUCCUCCUCAGAGUGUGCAACUGCAUAUUCUGCUGUAGUAAAAGGGUGAUAAUAUCAGUGAAUACUUUGUAUUACAGAAAAAUAUAUGACAUCACAAGAAAUGGGUAAUAAAACUUAAUUCAGCAUUAUGAAACUUAAAA